AUGUGCCUGUCUGCGCCGCCGUCCUCGCUCGUCUCGACUUCUUUGGCCAACUUCCUGGUCAACCUCCCCUUGAUUACCUCUGAGAUCCACAGCGACCGCACCCCGACCAAAGCCCUCACCGUGACUGCAUAUCCCCUACCGACUCCCUCCACCUUGGCUUUCGACUUCGCGGUCGGCGAAGUGAUUUGGCUAGGGGUCCCGGGUCCGUCCUGA